AUGCCGUUGCACUCCACCCAUGCUCCAGACCUCAAGGAUCAUCUCGAGACGAUCCGUCAUGCAGCCUUCAGGGCGCUGUGCAACACCAAGGAGCUGCAGAAAAUCAUCCUCCAUGGACAAAUGGACGAGCUCUGCCCCUGCCCUGCCUGCUCCGAAUCUGACCCAUCCCUCGAACCCACCUGCAGCAUGACCAACCUGCUCAGGAGCAUCGCAAAGGCCGCCGAACUCGUCAUCGCCUUCAAGAAGGUAGUCAUCCGCCGCCCAGACAGCCUGAUCGACGACACCAGCGUCAAGGACCUCAGGGAAGCCGGCUGCCUCGCUUUCGACCAUAGCGAUGCACACUUGGUCUGGGUCAACUUCGUUGUGGUCACAAACGGUGGUUGGGCCGACCCCGACUGCCACCAAGUGAGGCUCUGCCUGGGCAACUUGGUCUCUACCACCGAGGCACUCUCCCACCCCGAGGUGCUCAAGUACCUCCGCUUCUUUGAGCUCUGCCUGCACCACUUCCCCGAGAGGUAUCAAGUAAAGGGCGUCCCGCCCAUGCUCGAGCACCUCGUGCACGUUUGCCCCCGCCUGCAUACCCUUUCCGACACUCUAUGCCAGCAGGAGCAGAACCCUUGUGAAUGCAGAGACCGUAUUCCAUGA